GAGUGGAGAGAGCAAGAGUAGAGAGAGAGCGAGAGCACGAAGGAGAUAGAUACAGGCGGUGCAGUCUGGCACUAGGUCUCUGACAGGCUCUAUGGCCUUGAGCUAGUAACAGCCCAAGCCCCUCAAGUGGCUCAUACUGCAUCCCUGCGGCUGUUUAUGGAGCACCUGUUCCCAGCCCCACAGCACCGUGAGACCCCGAGGGGAGUGAGCAGGACUAGCAGACCUCAGAUCUCACCAUGAGGACUGUGUGUGCACACACUUGGCUGUGGCCCACGUGGGAAGACUUGUUUCUCACUUUGUUCUGCUUAGAACAUUGGACCCAUGGGGGUCUAGCACCCCCACCUGUGGAUGGGGAAGCAGUGGCUGACUUGAUGAAACAUGCACCUCUUUGGAGUCAGAGCCGAUUCCCAUCUCUCCUGCCCGGCUCUUACCUGAUUCCAGCUCAUCAGUGGAGGCAGACUCUUUUUCGCAGAUGAACAGGAGUGGUGUGAUGGGAGACUGCAGACCCACUGGGGCAAGAAGCAAGCCCACACCCUUUGAGCAGAUAUGGAGCUUGGGGUCUCCCUGCUUCCAUGAAAAACCCUAGAUCUCAGGGUUCAGAGUCUUGGGACAGGCAGACUGCUUUGGUUCUGAAUCCCAGCUUUGCCAGUAGGAGGCUGAGUGACCUCAGGACACUUACUUAAAGCUCUGGGAUCUUCAGGGAUUGUAUCUGUGAAAAGGGGGAGAUAGCAUCCACUGGGGAGCUGGGAAGGUUCAGUGAAGCAGAGUCCAAAAAUGCCUAGUCCUGGGCCCACCAGAACACUGACUGGAGUUGGAGUGUAUAUAGUAUGGAGAGGGAAGUAGGGAAUGGCUUGAGAACAAGUAGCCUUCAGGGAGCAUCAUCUUUUGGAGUUAGUGACUGGUACUGACCUCUUCACUGCUGUGGUUUUCAGGACCUUGGGGCUAUGGGGUUAAGCAGACUCGGGUUGCUAGCACCAGAUGGGCCUUGGACAGUCCUCCCACCCAGCACUCUGCCACCCCCUCCUCACUGCCCAGUGAGGCACUUGGUCACGAGGGUCCAGGGGCUCAUAUCCUGGCCCAACCAGCAGCCCCCUGUCCUCUUUCUACAGCGGCAGGAGGAGACAGCAGCAACUGUGGAGCGAAAUCCUACCCAAGGUUACCAAAGCUUUUCUCACACUGUUAUCUAGCUGCGCAAAACCUGAGGAAUGAGCUUAACAGGAAACACACGGGACUUGUAAGAAGGAGCAUCUGGGGCCAGCAGAGGGAGAACUGAAUGUUGGAGACAGUGUGGUCCUGAAAAAGGCAGAUGCCCUAUCGGAAAGGUGUUACUUCUCCUCAAACACCCCCUAUCAAAGGGAAAAGGAAGCAGUCAGAGGAGGGUGAUCCCCUAGACCCAUCUGUGUCCCCUCAACCUGAUGGUGAGCAGAGCAGGAGCCAGAGCCCCAUCCAUCUGGAGGACUCCCCCGAGGCAGGCGGGGAGCGGGAGGAGGACCAGGAGCGGGAGGAGGAGCAGGCCUUCCUGGUCAGCCUCUACAAGUUCAUGAAGGAGCGACACACGCCCAUCGAGAGGGUGCCCCAUCUCGGCUUCAAGCAGAUUAACCUGUGGAAAAUCUACAAAGCAGUGGAGAAGCUGGGGGCCUAUGAGAUGGUGACCGGCCGCCGCCUCUGGAAGAACGUGUAUGACGAGCUGGGGGGCAGCCCGGGCAGCACCAGCGCAGCCACCUGCACACGCCGCCACUACGAGAGGCUGGUGCUCCCAUAUGUGCGGCACCUGAAGGGGGAGGACGACAAGCCACUGCCCCCUUCCAAGCCCAGGAAGCAAUACAAGAUGGCUAAGGAGCCUCGGGGGGAUGAUGGGACCACUGAGAAGCCGAAGAAGGCCAAGGAAGAGAAGCGGUUGGAUCAGAUGGUGCCAGGAAAGAUGAAAACAGAUGCUGCCCCUGACCUGGCACGGCUUCCCAACCAGGAGGCCCCCAGGGAGGGCCCAGAACAGCCAGGCCCGGCCCUGGGGCCCUCUCCACCCUUUGGGGGUGCCAGCGGCUGCCCUGAGGCCUACAAGCGGCUCCUGUCCAGCUUCUACUGCAAAGGAACACAUGGCAUCAUGUCACCACUGGCCAAAAAGAAGCUCCUGGCCCAAGUGAGCAAGGCAGAGGCCUUGCAGUGCCAGGAGGAGGGCUGUCGCCACGGGGUAGGCAGCCCUAAUGGGGACCCCCAGGCAUCCCCUGCCAUUCUCCUGUCGGAAAGUCCUCAGAGCCCAGGAAAGCCAGCUGAGAACUCCAGGCACCGGCUAACCCCUCCGGAGGGGUUACAGGCCCCUGGUGGCAGCCUCAGGGAGGAGGCUCAAGUGGGUCCCCGCCUACCAGCCCCCAUCUUCACUGGCUGUUUCCACGCAUACCCCACUGAGGUGCUGAAGCCCGUCAGCCAGCACCCCCGGGACUUCUUCCCCAAUUUUAAAGAUGGGGUGCUAUUGGGGCCCCCUGGCAAAGAGGAAGGCCUGGCAGUCAAAGAGCCCCAGCUGGUGUGGGGCGGGGAUGCCAACCGCCCGUCUGCAUUCCAUAAAGGCAGCUCUAGAAAAGGCAGCCCCUACCCCAAGCCCAAAGCCUGCUGGGUGUCCCCGAUGGCCAAGGCCCCUGCUGAGAGCCCUGUUCCCCUGUCUACCUUCCCUAGCAGCCCCGGCCUGGGUACCAAGCGCAGCCUGGAAGAAGAGGGCUUUGCCCAUGGUGGCAAAAAACUGCGGGCAGUGUCUCCCUUUCUUAAGGAGGUGGACGCCAAGGAGUGUGGGGCCAAAUCUAUGGGGUCUGGUGUGGCCGUGUCCUGCCUGCUGGGCCCAGCGCUGGGGCCUGCCCUCCCUGAGGCCUACAGGGGCACCAUGCUGCGGUGCCCACUGAACUUUGCUGGCACCCCGGACCACUUAAAGGGCCAGGCCACUCUCCCCUUCAGCCCCCUGGUCAUCCCUGCCUUCCCGGCCCACUUCCUGGCCACUACAGGGCCCUCACCCAUGGCCACAGGUCUGAUGCACUUCCCCCCGUCAUCCUUUGACAGUGCCCUUCGCCACAGACUUUGCCCAGCCUCGUCUGCAUGGCAUGUGCCACCUGCCACAACCUAUGCAGCACCCCACUUUUUCCACCUCAACACCAAGCUUUAGGUUGGAGCUUGCAGUGCUGUGCUGUGCUAUGCUGUGCGGGGUCUGAAGUGGCCUGAGAUGAGUAGGCACUGCCAGGGGUCUGGGCUGGAGCCUGUUCCCCAGGAGAGCUUGGCUGUCCCCAAUGCAGGAACGUGCCCCUGUCUGGGCAGCCUGGCAUAAAGAGGGAGGCAGUGGGAAAACUGGGUUUGUCUCAAGGAAGCAACCCAAGCCUGGAGCCCCAGUUGUGGCAGGGCCUUGGGAGAAGACGGUGCCUGGCUGGCAGCUCCCAGCUAGGUCCCCAGAGCAGAAGCCAGGAACGUGCCGAAGGGCUGAGGAGCUGGUUAGCAGCUUGAGGUGUCCAGGCUGCCCAUGGAAAAUCCAAUAAAAGACCAAUGUGAAUCCACUCA